GACAAAGUGUUGCAUCUUUUGCCUUCCUUUCUCUCAUUCUACCAGAAUGUGGUGAAAGACCCAUGUUUGCAAGAGGAGCUCAGUAUUCCAGAAUCACAGGAGGGAUAGAGGCUGGGGUGGGUGAGUUUCCAUGGCAGGUGAGUGUUCAGGCAGGUAAUGAACAUCUCUGUGGUGGCGCCAUCCUCAGCGAGUGGUGGAUUAUCACGGCGGCUCACUGCUUUUACCCUGAGCAGUUACCGCCCACCGAACUGAGAGUUGUGCUGGGAACCACUAGCCUAACCAGCCCAUCCCUGGAGAUAAAGGGAGUCACAACCAUCAUUCUCCACAAGGACUUUCAAAGAGUUAACAUGGACAAUGACAUUGCUCUGCUGAUGCUGGACAAUCCCAUCAUAUUCAACGAGCGGAAAGAACCCCUCUGCCUGCCCACGCAGCCCGGCCUCUCCCAGUGGCACAAUUGCUGGGUGGCAGGAUGGGGGCAGGUCAAAUCUGGUCUCAACGAGCCUAUGGAAACUGAGCUGCUGAAAGCCCCCAUGACCAUAAUGAGUUGGGACAGGUGUCUUAAGGAAUUUCCCAAACUUACCAAAAACAUGCUGUGUGCUGGAUAUGAGAAUGAGAGCUACGAUUCUUGCCAGGGCGACAGCGGGGGGCCUCUAGCCUGUACCCAAGAAUCUGGCAAGAAGUGGUACCACGUGGGCAUCAUCAGCUGGGGAAGGUCCUGUGGCCUGAAGAACACUCCAGGAGUAUACACCUUGUUAGAAAACUACCACUCCUGGAUUAAGGAGGUGACUGAGUUAGAGGGAAGGCCCUUUAGUGCCGAGCAAAUGGUAGAGACUUCCAAACAAAAGGCAAAGGGCUCUCGUGCCUCGGAAUUCCCAAAGCCAGGCAGCCCCACACUCUGGCUGCUCCCCUGCCUUCUGCCCUAUGUGACGUUCUAAGCUAUUUUUCUACUACUAAUAAAACAGAUGCUAUUCUUUAAUCGAGGAGGAUGUGUGAAUAUGAGCCACCAGCAGGGGAACUGA